UACAGGGUUUCAGCAUCAUCCAAACAUUAGCUUGCUGAGUAGCUUUUAGCUAGCUUAACUCUCCCCACAGCAGAGCUCAUAGUUAAGGUAAUUUAUGAGUCGCAAAAGAAACCACAAUUUUGCUGAAACUAACCUGUCUCCCCAACUCCACGGCACCUUCAUGGAGCCUCCCGUGUCAGUGGGUCGAGCUGACGGGGAUUUUUUGGAGCUGGAGCCCGACGAGGAGCUCCUGUGCUCGGUCAGCGACAUCACCGAGCACCUCGGUAGAAACAUCACCGUGGUCCUUGAGACAGCGUUAUCUGAGAUCCGCAAAAUGGUGAGCAUCAGGAUAAGAGUCCUGAAAAUGGAGCUGCGUGAGAAAACCGAGGAAAUUGAAAUGUUAAAGGCGAGAUUGGAUACAGUACAGAGGGAUGGCAGGGACCCUUUCCCUGGCGUAACCACCAUGGAGCCAUCUGCAGAGGCAGGCUUCAAGAAACAUGACUUCAGCUCCGGAACCAAGCACAACAACACGGACCCCAGGAGAGCCAAAGCUGUCAUGCCUGGCGUAAAGAAAGAGAAUAUAGAUGCGAUCUGUGACUAUCUGAUGAAAGACAAGAACUCGAGGGGUUGUGCUGAAAUGGACGGGGAUCACAGCAGUCAAGCUAAUGGUGACAGGGAGGCUCGCCAAGAACCGGACCCGCAUUCCCUCACCCUGUGGCCGGACAGCGGGAUGGCCGGCUCUGGGCCUGUGCACGGAGACUCCGAGUCCACCGCAGAUGACAUCUUCAGUAUACUCCCCUCUGGCAGCAAACGGAUGUAUGACUACGAGUGGAUAGCCCCAAUGGAAUAUACUUCAGACCUGAAAGUCAUGAAGGAGCCUAACUGUGAGAAUACCCAGAUCAGGGAGACAGAAGAUGAUGAGAAUGAAGAUGAAUCGUCCAGGAGGGAAGAGGAGGGACUGGAGCAGGCCCAGGCUCCUCUCUCACAUGUCCAGCCCCCUGAGUUCUCUAUGGAGCCCCAGAGUUCACCAGGCGAGGGAGGAAGUCCGCUGGAGGGCAACACAGACAGGCCUGAGGGAGGCCAGCAGUUUUCCAGCCACACUUACAUCUGCUCACUGUGUGGCACAUUCUGUCCUGACUCUGUGUUCCUGGAGGAACAUGUCAAGUUGAUACACUCGGACUCUGCUGGUGCUCAGGCUCUCCAGGCCCUGCAGUCCACCUCCUCUGCUGCAACCACCACGGGAGAUGGCAGCGGGGAUUCCAGGAGGGCUGGAGGCGGUCAAAACGAGGGAAGCACAGGACUAGGGUCUGGUGUGAGCGUCAGUCGAGGAGGCGGCCAUAUGAAAAAGGAAAUUAAAAUUGAGGGGGGUUAUGAAUGUGGCGACUGUGGCCGCCAUUUUAACUACCUUGGCAACCUGCGACAGCACCAGCGCAUUCACACUGGAGAGAAACCUUUUAUGUGUCCAGAGUGUGGAGAGAGGUUCCGCCAUGCAGCUCGCUUAAAAAGCCAUAGGCUUGUCCACAGCGGUGCCCAGAGCCCCUUCCCAUGCCCCCAGUGUGGGAAAGGUUUCUCAGUGCUGUCGGGACUCAAGAGACACCAGCGGGUGCACACUGGCGAGAGCCCUUAUGCCUGCCCUCAAUGUGGCAGACGCUUUAAAGAGCUGGGGAAUCUGUACACCCACCAGAGGAUCCACAGUGGCGCCACACCUUACUGCUGCCAGCAGUGUGGACGCAGCUUCCGCCACCUGGGCACCUACAAAAGCCACCGCUGCACCCCAGCACAAUAGACCGCCUAACUGCCUCACCCUCCGCUGCACUCGUUGACAACUGGUACUGUAAAAUCUAAGGUGUUUGUCAAAGACUAGACAUGGUGCGGAGUCUGAUGUGUUUGCUCUUUCUGUGACUGUUUAAUGACGUUGUGGGAUAUCGAGAACAGAGGUGGUUUUCUGUGAUGCUGGCCAAACAUUCAUGUUGUGUCACAUUCAUAACAUCGCUCCCCUGCCCCAGGCAUUAAGAGGCGCUGUAUCAUUGGGCUUCAAAGUUCAUGUGUUGAUGGAGACUGCAGUGAAUGGCUCAAUGCUCUGGAAAAAGUUUGCUACCUUGAGGUGCAAUUGUUUUUUUAAAAAACGUUUUUAAAAAUUCCAUCAGGUGUCAUGUGAAACAUGUGAGAAGUGACUGUGUGUAUACAGUGCUGUGAAAAAAGUAUUGCCCCCUUGCAGUUAUUUUCUUUUUUGCAUAUUUGUCUCACUUAAAUUAAUCAUCAAACUAAUUUUAAUAUAAGAAAAAGAUAGCCCAAGAAAACACAACCCUACAUAUGACAUUGAAGUAUUUGGAUUGGGCAAGUGAAAGCCUGGACUGGAAUCUAAUUGAGAUGCUGUGGCAAGUGGCAAGUGGCUGUGGCAGUUUAUCAUUAAAACCCAGCUAAUGUGACUGAAUCAGAAGUAUUCUGCAGAGAAGACUGGACCAAAACUCCUCCAUGGUGAUGUAAAAGACUGAUCACAAGAGAACUGCAGUUGUUGCUGCCAAGGGUGGCCUAACCAGUUACUAGGUUUAGGGGGCAAUUACUUUUUCAAGGGGGUGAUAUAGUGGAUAAUAAAUCUUUAAUAAAUCGUCAUUUAAAAACUGCA